UUGAACAAGUUUCUGGAUGAGUUGUCGCGUGUCUUCUUUCAAAAACAGGACAUGCGCAGCAAGGCAUGGUGGCUACCGAUAUUUUACAGCUUCUGCAUCCAGGCAGUAGUGAGAAAGGCGCUGAUAACUCUGACCGAAGGCCCUCAAGGCCAGCGCUUUGAGCUAACAUGGGUAAAAGAAUACUUGCACCUCGCUGUCCGACUUUUCAUUUCGACUUCUGGAAGUUACGAUCCUUUG